AUGUGGUCAAAGUUUAUAAUGUUCAUUUAUGAGGUGAAUAAAGCAAGUGCUCAUGAGAAGAAUAUGGAUGUUGGUGCAAAUAUUUUCGUUGGAAAUUUGGAUCCAGAGGUGGAUGAGAAACUACUGUAUGACACCUUCAGUGCAUUUGGUGUAAUUCUUCAAGUUCCGAAGAUUAUGCGUGACCCAGAGACAGGAAAUAGUAAGGGCUUUGCGUUCAUCAAUUUCGCAUCUUUUGAAGCAUCGGACAUGGCUAUGGAAGCAAUGAAUGGACAGUUUCUUUGCAACAGAGCGAUCUCUGUCUCAUAUGCCUUCAAAAAAGAUGCGAAGGGUGAACGACAUGGUACAGCUGCGGAGAGAAUGCUGGCUGCGCAAAAUCCGCUGUUCCCGAAGGACCGGCCAAACCAAGCAAGUCAUCUUUUACGCCAUUGUCUUUAG